GUGCGGUUCCCCGGGUUGCAACAAUGUUUACCGACCGUAGCCAUCCUAUCAAGGUGGCGAACAGCUCGAGACUGAAGCAUCGUCAUCAUUUGUCUGAAUGUCACAUCGAAAUUGGAGUUUGAUACGCACUGAUGGAUGCGGAAGGCAGGUUAUAAGGCUAAUGAAGUUCGGUCGCAGAAAAUAUUCUGACUGGCAGAAAAAGAGUGGAUAUUAUGCAAAGCUCGAGAGGCUCGACUACUCAACAUGUCGCAGGAGCGCAGUCCCUUAAAAUAUUUAAUAGCUGGAGCUUUCGGAGGAGUCUGCACGGUGUUAAGUGGACAUCCUUUAGACACGAUCAAAGUUAGGAUACAAACGAGGCCGGAAGAAUACAAAGGCACGGUAGACGCAGUGCAGAAGAUUCUCACGAGAGAAGGACCUCUGGGACUGUACAAGGGCAUGAGUGCACCGUUGCUGUCGAUCGUCCCCAUGUUUUCGAUAACCUUCUUGGGGUUCGGAUUUGGCAAGAAACUUGUCAGCAAGCCGGAUCAGGAGGUCCUCACGAGGCCGCAGCUCGUCCUCGCAGGCAUGUUCAGUGGGGCCUGUACGACCGUGAUUACGGUGCCAGGGGAGCGAAUUAAAUGUCUCCUGCAGGUGCAGGCUGUCGACUCCAGGAAGUAUACCGGCUUUGCGGACUGCGCCGUCAAGCUGUGGAAAGAGGGUGGAAUUCGGAACUUCUACGUCGGGACCUGCGCCACUCUGUUAAGGGACGUCCCCGCCACCGGCGUAUACUUUUUCACCUAUGAAACCAUCGGCGAAUUUCUCGCCAGGACUUACGGAGAGGCGGCGAUGUGGCAGCCUUUGGUAGCCGGUGGUUGCGCCGGGAUCAUGAACUGGGUGGUCGGGAUGCCGGCCGAUGUAAUGAAGUCUCGUUUGCAGACCGCACCUCUCGGGACGUACCCUCGAGGGGUUCGAUCUCUUUUCCCAGAGCUGGUGCGACAAGAGGGUCUCCUGGUAAUGUAUCGGGGAGUAGGCCCGGUGAUGAUCCGGGCGUUCCCUGCUAACGCGGCCUGUUUCGUCGGCCUGGAGACAGCCAUGAAGUUCCUCGACGCGUUCCUGCCUUGGCUGUGAUUAUCGUCACCUUCAACUGGAAUAUUAGAAACUUUUCAGGGCGGUGGCUUUGCAGAAAAAUGGCGGAAAAAGGUCUGUCCAGAAAAUGUGGCACCCGGACUGUGCAUUUAGGGGCAAUAAAAAUGUCGAACACGGAGAAGACUGUUUAACAGAUGUCAAGGCAAGCCAUCAACGUACCGAGUGUCCUCGGUGGUGCGUUUUCCCCAGGCGUUAUGAAAACCAAUAAUCGGAGGUGUACACUUACCUGAGUACAAGAGCACUCUUACAUGCAUCUGAAUCGCUCCAGAAUGUUCAUCGAUAAAUACCCUUUAUUCAAACAAAGUAACAUUGAUGCUCACUUAAAGCAUACCUUACGAACUUAUACAGUGUACUCGAUUAUCGGCAACAAUACAGCAGUAACGCUGGAAACAAAAAAAUUAACGGUAAUGUCGACAGCGUAACCGGCAAUGACAAGAGCAAUAAUAAUGACUCGGAGUGACGACGAGACCCGUGAUGACGGCGAUAACACAACACAAGUGAUAACAUUAUCAAGAUCAGUCAUGAUACCGUUCGACUAUCGCUACCUUUAGUUUAUUAUUACUCUCAGUACACGGUGCUGAUUAAAUUAGAAUUCACGGUAACCAUCUUCUGCCUUGGGUUCCUCGUUAAUUGAGAGAUCCUCGUUCUACACCCUUUAUAUACAUUUUAUCACGCUCUAGUAGCCGUGGUAAAAGUCACUCGCGGUGGACGCGCGUGUAGAACGACAUGUCUUUAGCGAGCGUUCAACUCACCGUCCAUUUUCCAUCGACCGUCCGCAGUUUUCGCUUCUUCUCUCUUCCAUCUUCUUCGGCGCCCGGAUUAGCGGGAUUUG